AUGGAGGAAUUGAAAGAAAUCAUAAUUAGAACCCUGGAUUCUGCAGGCGUUCUUGAUAAAAUAAGGGCUCAGCUCAGGUUGAAUGUAUUUAAAGCAGUGCAAAAUGACGAGGGGAAGAUUCAUAUUGACAAAUCUAAGGCAAUUUCGGCAGCCCAAACACCUGAGGGAAAAUUGGCAGCUUAUCUCUUCAGAGAUUUUAUGGAAUGCUACAAGAUGAAAUUUUCGCUGAAUGUGUUUGUGCCUGAGUGCCAUUUGCUAUCAAUUGAUGAUAUUCGGUCUUAUCUCCAAAAUGAAUUGAAAAUUACGCCUCCAUCAGACGUCCCAUACUUGACUUUUAUGAUACAAACAAUGAUGGCCAAGCCUGAGCCAAAGCCAGCGCCUAAACUAGAGCCAAAACCUGAACAAAAGCUGAAUCCUCUGCCAGCAGCUCUUGAGCCUCAAAAACAGCCAGCACCAAAAGGAAAUUUAGCUCCUCUUUCAAAACAGCCACUUCCUAACAUCCCUCCCCUAAAUUCCCAAAAAUUAGGAAAAUUCUCAUCCCCUCCUGCUGAGCCAUCUCCUAAAAGUGACUCUCCCCCGCCUUCUAAGCCAGCCCCAGUCUCCAAGCCUCUACAAAAUAUCCCUCCAUUUAAAAAUCAAAAACCCACCAAUUUUAUUGCUCCUGAAAUAGACUCAGAAUCAGGCUCAGAGCCUGAAUUAAAAGGUCCAGAAAAAAAGCCAUCAAACUACCCACCUUUUAAUCAGCAAAAAGGGAAGUUUAUUCCUCCUGAAAUAGACUCAGGUAGUAUGAGUGAUUCUCCUAGAGAAGAAGACUGGAAAAAGAAGCCAAACAAGUUUGAUAGUGUUGAUGAGGAAAAAAAGAGGCUUCAGGAUAUAGAUAAAAGGAUACAGGAAAUCAAUAAAGGAGAUGAUAUCAAAAAAUUGAUUGAGAUUGAAGGGGAUAGCCCACAGAUGAGCUAUGAAGAAGAUUAUGAAGAUCCUGGGUCUGAAGAAUAUUAUGAAGAAAGAUAUUCGGAGGACGAAAUAUAUGACUCAGUAAUGAUAGAGGAUUAUGAUGUAAGAGAACCGGUGGAACUAGUUCAAUUUGAUUAA